AUGAAUGAAUUAAAAGAGUUAAGUAAAAAGAUAAAAGAAAACACUAACGUAAAAAAAGAUGAAAAAACAUAUGAACCUGAAAUUAAGAACUUAUUCGAGAACUUCCUUAGCAACAAUUCGAUAAAUUAUUUGAGUUCCCUUAUUAAUAAAACAAAUUUAAAUGAUAAACUUAGUAAAAAUGUAAAAGAGGAAAUCAACAACAGAAGUCGUGAUAUUGAAAAUGGUAGCUUAAAUAAAAAAAAAAAUCUGAACAAUGAAAUUCAUUCUGAACAGGAAAGUGGCCUAAAAGAAGACGCAACAUCUUCGAUAAGUAAGAAACUAUCAAUAGAAAAAAAGAAAGAAAACAAAGAAUAUUUAGAAGGCUUUUUAUUGGAUAAUAAAAAUAUAGGUUGUAUAAAUGUAAAAAAAGUUAUGCAAAAUAAAAAGUUUUUUGAAUUUAAAGAUUUAAAUAAACUAAUAAACAGUUUUAAUGAUGAAAUUAUAGAGAGAAUUAAAAAUCUAGAAAAUUUUAUUAACAAAAAUAAAAUAAAAAAUGACUAUAGUGAUAAAAUCUUAAUGACAGAAAAAUUUAAUAGGGAAAUGAAAAAUAUUGAAAAAAAAUUCAAGGCUAAUAACCCUUUGUAUGAAUUAUAUAUAACAAGGAAAAAAAAAAAAAAAAACUAUGAGUCCUUACUGUUCCUAAAAAACUUCUUUAACUGUUUAAAAAAUUACAUGCAUUUUUUAGAUAAAUCGGAGAAAAAUUAUAAAAAAUUAAAUAUUUGGAAAUCAUUAAUUUAUUUAAGAAAUUGUAGAUUGCAUAUUUUAUUAAUACAAGCAAUAUUUAAAUGUGUAAAAGACGAUUUAUACCACGCUUUAAAUGAAAAUGAAAACAACAAGUUUGGAAAAGGAAAGAAAAGAGAGGAAAAUAGACAAGCGGAUGCUUACAUAGAUUAUAAUUCACAAUUUAACAAUACUACUAAAUUGGACAAAUUACAGGCAGAAUUUGAGGCACAAGGCAUCUUUAUGAAUGGAAAGAAAAAUGACCUAAACGAAUAUGGUCAAAACAAGUAUGAUCAGAACAAAUGUGAUGAAGAAAUCUAUGGUAAUAAUGACUCAACCGCUCCAAUUGAUGGGCCUGAUAAACAUACAGACAUAAAAUUGAUGGAAGAUUUGAAAAAGUUAUUUCAAAUACAGUCCACUUCACCUAAUCCAAGUAACAAAGUAAUAUUUUUGAAAGAAAUUAAAAUUAAAUAUGAUAACAUAUUAAAUAAUCUGAAGAAUAUUGUGCAAACUAUUUUUAAAAAAAUGUUUGUUCUUAGCGAUAAUAUUAAAAUAUAUAAAUACAUAUAUUUGAAUUCAAGUGAUGUUUUUUUAAAUAGUGAAAAUAUCAGGGAACAAAAAAUUACGUACUCUAUCUUUUGGUAUUUUGCGUAUAUUUUAAAAGAGCAUACUAAAUAUUUGGAAAUAAUAAAAAAUUACCUAUUUUUAAAUUUGUUCAAAUUGAUGGUCUUAUUUUAUUGCAUUGUAAAAAAUUUGAAUGGAAGAGAAAUAUUACAUAAUCUAAAUAAAGUGAAACAGAUAAACACUUUAACAUAUGAGAGUGUAAAAAAAUUUGUUUCAAAUGUGAUAGGGAAAAAUAGAAUGAAUUUUUCCAUAUCCGAUGAUUCUCACAACAUUUUUAAUAAAUUUAAAAAUUAUCUAUUUUGUGUACAUAAUGAUAAAUCGCUACACAGUGGCAUAAUAUCUGAAAGGGUAAAAGAAAUAAACGAUAUAUUAUUCAGUAAAAUAUACUUAAGCAAUUAUAUAUUUGAUAAUGAAGAAUACAUCCUUAUUGACAUAGAAAGUUUUUUUAGUAAUUUCUUUUUGUCAUUAGAGUGUAUCAAAAAUAGAGAUUCACAGAACAUUUUACCCCGUAAGGAAGAAUUUUCAGAAAGUGCAAAUGUGUGUAACAAAAAUGAUGAAACAUUUAUGAACAGUUCAGGAAGUAAUGGAAAGAUGUUGAAGAAAUAUUUUUUUCCAAAUAUUUCAAUCCAUAAAAAUGAGGAUGUUAAAAAAUUCGAUCAUGACUGUGUUCAGAAUGAUACGAGCAGUAGUAUUCCUACUAAUGAAGAUAAUGAUAUGAGGAACAAAAUUGAUAAAGGUACAGGAUGUCACGAUUUUUUCAUCAUUUUAUCUCGUUGUAUGUUCGAAUUUCACCAUAUUAUAGAACAGCUAUUUGUUAUAAAUAAAAAAGAAAAAAAACUUUUAGAUAUUAGAACUGGAAAACAAAUAUGCCCAGAAGAAUUAGUACAUAUAUUUAAUUUUUAUUUUGAUAAUAAAACAAAUAAAACUAGCUAUGAGCAAGCAUAUUUUAAUAAAUUUGAAGACAAUUUCAAUGAGGAAGAAAAGCUAAGUAAUAUAAAAGAGAAGUUAAUAAAGAAAUAUCAGUAUAUCAAGCAAAGAGUGCAACAUAGCAGUGAAGCAGUACAAAACGAUGAGACCCUUUUUUCUCUCUAUAUACUAAAUAAAGAAUUGAAUAAAAAUGUAUUUUCUUUUUUUCAUAAAUUAAAUUUGAAACGAAAUAACUUAACGGAUAUUUGUAAUGUAUAUUAUAUAUAUAUGUGGAAGAAAGAGGAGCAGAAAUUUUUUCUGUUAAUUAAGAAUAUUUUUAAAAAUAACUUAAUUUAUUAUCUCAAUUACGUUUAUUCUAUAUUAAACGAUUUAUUUCUUUUUAAAAAAGAGGGAGAGUAUAUUUUGGUAGAUCAAAAUAUUCACAAUUAUGUAUAUAAUAUAUUUUUUGAUAUAAAUAAUAGUUACAAUCUGAGAAAUAUAGAAGAACUAAAUUUUAACACAAUUUUGAGAUAUAUUGAGGAAGGGCAAAUUGCAUUGAAUAAAAGUCUAAAGGAACUGGUUGACAAGACAAUUACAGAAAAAAAUGUUCAUAACCAGAAUGUAUUAAAUAGGGGUAACACAACUAAAGUGCUAGUUACAACUAAGGAGGUUAAAACAGGUGAUGGCAACAAGGAACAAGGUAAAAUUGGUAAGAAGUCAAUGUUUGAUGAUAAUAAUGAUGAAGAACAUUCUAACCACUGUUCAGAUAAAAACAGUGUAAGUAUAACUAUUAGACGAAGUAACCUAGACUGCAUACGAAUUCAUAAGAAAUUACUUUAUUUAGUAUUUACAAUUUACCGUAUAGUACAUUUGUCUUAUACUGUUUUGUUUAAGAUUAACGAAAACAAAAAAAGGAAUUGUUCAAAAAAGAAUGUGGAUAACAUAAAAAAUGGAAAUUCUAACAUGAAUGAAAAAUUGAAAUACAUUAUAAAUAUUAACAUAAUAUUGUUCUCUUAUAAAAUAAUUAAACAUAUUUAUAAUAUGUUUUUAAGUUACUCUUUUUUUAUUUUUCGCUUUUCGUGUUUACCGAAUAUAAAAAAUAAGGAGGAACAUUUGUUAUGCAUAAUUAAUGAUAGUAUAUUUUUAAAAAAGGUGUUAGAAAAUAUUAACAGAGUUUAUAUGAAUUAUAAAGAAUUAUUUAAUUUUACCAUUUCUAAGGAACAUAUAAUAUUUGAAAAUUUUGAAACAAAUAAGGAUUACUUAUUUGGCAGGGAUGGAAAUUCUCCCAUUGAUACUGGUACGCAUAUAAAUCGUAUAAGCAAUAAUACAAAUUGUAAAGGUAGUAAUCACAGUGAAAAAUACAGUGAUAAUUGUUAUGUGGACCGUAAACAUUGCUACAAAAAAAAUAGUAACAAUAGAUAUCAUGCACAGAACAGUUAUAACCAUUUAAAAUAUAAUAUUUUUGAUAAAAACAGCUUCGAAAUAGAAAUGAAGCAGAAGAAAAGAGAACAUAUAAAAUGUUCACCAAAGAAAAAUAUUUUAUACAUAAAUAAAAUUAAUAUCUUAAAAAAAAUACACCUGUUUAUUGAUAAAUUUCAUUUAAAUUUGAAUGUUUUUAAAAACAUGUUUAUUAAAAUUUAUAAGCAAAAAUUUACGUAUCUUUUAAAACAAGAUAUUCUUUUCAUAGAUGACCAAUUUUUAAUAAAUUCUUCUAAAGCAAUCGCUAUAGUUUUUGAAUUUUUUCAAAUUCAAGAUUUGUGUAAAUUAAUACAUAAAGAUAUUGUAUUACGCAUAGUAGACUAUUUCUUUUACCUUAUAAAUGAACACCUUCAUAAUUAUGUAAUGGAUAAAAGACGAAUAGAUGAAGAGGAGAGGAAACUUCUCUACGAAAAACUUGUCUUCAUUCAAAAUAGCUUAUCCUUUAUUUUGAACAAUUAUAGGGGUACGAAAAAUAUGUUAUUACUCUGUUUCAUUCGUCGCUCCAAAAGCGCUGUACCACAGGAAGAAAAUAGUAUUUUAAAAAUUGCCGAUGAAAUGUCCAUGAAUUUAAUAAAUUUAAAAAAAAAUAAAAUAUUAUUUUUACUACUUUUUUGUAAAAUAAAAUAUAUUUUAAAUGCGAAAAAAGGAAUUUUGGAAAUGUAUAAUGCACAAGUUGUCCAUGUGUUCUUAUCAAAUAAUCCCUAUGCAUAUGGCGAUGAAAAUUUUGAUGCUAUAUUGAAUGAGUUUAAGUAA